AUGUAUGGAGGUUUUGUGAUUCGUUUUAGUAAUGUAAUAGAUAGUAUUCAAUUUACUUAUCAAGUCAAGUCUAAAGCAGUAGGAGAAUAUUUAGUUAAUGUCGAGGGAUGGACUGAUGGUUUAGUUACUGGGUUAUCAUUCCAAACCUCUAAUUUCCAAACUGGUCGGAUUAAUAUUUAUGGUCCUUAUGGAAAAGUAAAUGGCGAAAAGUUUAAUUUACCAGUGGAUAACGAUAAAUAUGCUACAAUUUUUUUUGGAAGAAGAGGUUAUUCUUUAGAUGCAAUUGGUAUUCAACGAGCAACCCAAGAGCAACAAUUGACUGAUAAUGAUAUUCAAGCAUUAAUAACUCAAAUCCAAAUCCCUCCUAAAUAA